GAGAGUGGUCGGAAGAUUUGAGAGAGAAGAUAAAUAUAAACAAGUGCACUCAAUUAACGUGAAACGAAAAUAGGGGCAUAAUCCAUUACCAAUUGUUGUCUCCUUGAUGGGAAGGGACCAUUGCCAGUUGUUGUACAGUUGCAAUUCCAGCUAAUGUUUAUCUAAAUUUGGCAGAUCAUUUCUAUAUUGCUUUGUGAAACCCUAGAAAUCUGGGUGAUUGAAUAAAGAGAUCUAACAUGUCUGAGAAAAAGAAGAUGAGAAGUGAAGCAAGCAGCAGUAGCAGCAAUAGCAUCACUGCUGGAAACGAUUCUGUUGUUGUUGAGGUUGGUCGACGUAGAAACUCAUGUGGUUAUUGUAAAUCCGGUGGUCCUACUAGUAUCUCUCACGGUUUAUGGGCACGCAGUCUGACAGUUGAUGACUAUCAAGCUCUUCUAGAUAGAGGAUGGAGAAGAUCUGGCUGUUUCCUAUACAAACCAGAGAUGGAAAAGACAUGCUGUCCAUCUUACACCAUCCGUCUCAAAGCAAAUGAUUUUGUUCCUUCCAAAGAACAACGCCGAGUACUGAAUAGAAUGCAGAGGUUUCUGGAUGGCACGUUAGAUAAAAGUUCAGAUGAGUUUAUGGAUGCAACAGACACUUCAGGCAAUUCAGAAAUCACUACCUCUAGUCAAAAUCAAAGCCUUGCAGCAACGAAGUCCUUGACAGGUAACCUUGAAGAGAAGUACAAAACUGAACCGUUGAUCCCCCAUUUGGAAAGUCAGAUAGAUAAUGCAGUACAUGUGUGCAUUGGAAGUGGGGAUCUUUCUUCUGAUUUUCAGUUUCCAAAAGCCUCUGUAAAAAAGGUUGCACCUGCGAAAAGAAAGUUAUCCACUGAAGGGUCAGAGGAUCUGUUAUUUACCAGCAGCAUCUCGUUCCAGAUUGCAGCUACUUUAAGACGACAAAGAAAAGGUGUUGAACAUGGAAAAUCAUCACAAUUGGGGGCUGGGGAAAGGGGGCAAGCUGCUGAUACCCCCAAAGUUAUUGCUGCAACACUAGCUACCCAUCUAAACUCUCUAGCAGAAUCAUUGGGAUUAUUAGUUAGAGCUUGCAACGGACAUAUAAACUUUUAUUCUUCCGAAAGACGAGUUGAUAAAGAUGCCAUAGUCAGCAGCCAUAAUGAGUUGAAGCAAUUCUCAUCAGGAAGCUGUAAUAAACAGAGCUUCUCAUCAACAGUACAUGAAAAUCAUGAACUCAAAAAGAGGAAGUUUGAGGUUCGUCUUAAAAGGUCCAGUUUUGAUCCCGAAGAAUAUUCCUUGUAUAGGAGGUACCAGAUUAGAGUGCACAAUGAUUCUCCUGAUGAAGUCGCUGAGAGCUCAUACAGGAGAUUUUUGGUUGAUACACCCAUAAUAUUUGUUCCCCCAUCGGGGGACCUUACUGUCCCCGCUUGUGGCUUUGGUUCUUUCCAUCAGCAGUAUCUGAUUGAUGGACGGUUGGUUGCAGUUGGAGUCAUAGAUAUUCUCCCAAAGUGUUUGUCAAGUAAAUAUUUAUUCUGGGAUCCAGAUCUUGCCUUCUUAUCAUUAGGUAAGUAUUCAGCCCUUCAAGAAAUAAGGUGGGUUACACAGAAUCAAGUACAUUGCCCUAGUCUCCAGUACUAUUAUCUGGGUUACUACAUCCACUCCUGCAACAAAAUGAGAUACAAAGCAGCAUACCGGCCUUCUGAGCUACUCUGCCCUUUGCGAUAUAAGUGGGUUCCAUUUGAUGUUGCCAAGCCACUGCUCGACAUGAAAUCGUACAUGGUUUUAUCUGAUUUUGCCACACAAAAUGGGCAGCCUCUUCCUCCUAGUAACCUUGAAAAUUAUGAUGAGCAAAAUGAUCAACAACACUUUCACGGAUCAAAUGAUAUUUUUGUGGGUGAGGAUGAGGAUGAGGAAAUGGAUGAAUUUAACUAUGAAGAUUCAGAUGAUGAACUGAUUGCUGAGAGCAGUAACAUCCAACUGCCCAAAGUAGAAGACAGAGAUGUUGGUAGCAUUUUGAUUGGGUUGAAGGAAGUUCGUCUGAGAUACAAAGAUUUGAGGCAAGCUUUUGGUUCCCGUGAAAGGCGGUUUAUGGAGACUCAACUACACAAAUACAUGAGGGCUGUUGGUGCUGAGCUUUCUGAAAGAAUGGUUUAUUCGUUGGGCUAACUCUUCAAUGAGUAAUACAAUUUGUAGAAUUUCAAUGCAAGAGUUCUUGUCCUCAUUGUGAAUAUCGUGUCCUUCUCGAGUUGUUAGGGCAGCUGCCAGAAGUUGGUUGUUCAAUCGUGUAUCCCUUGGUGUGUUUGGGAGAUUCAAAGUAGAGGAAAAUUAGUACUUUUAAGUGUUCAGUUAAGCUGCAUUGUGCAUUUGUCAUAACGUAGAGAUUUGCAGUUGGUACGUACCGCUCUGCUAGUCGACCUGGUCGAAGAAGGAUCAGAUUUGGGUAAAACUACUCAAUAAGGUACUUUAUUGGAAAUCUUUUAAGGAUUAUAUGGCUGUCUUUACCUCUUUUCCAUGCAUAAAUGGUAGCAGAACCGUCUUCUUCUAGCGUCCUUGCAAUACAAUACUAAUUUUAUUGCAAUACGGUGUACGUGUAGGGGUGGGCAUGAUUACCAUAAAGGAAGAGUCUUUGUACUUGUUUUUCUCGAGAACUAGUUGGAGGCACAAUGUUCUUGAUAAAGAUAAAUAGUCUUUUAGUUAGCA